GUGUUAUUUUGCUGGAAUUUGAAGAUCUCACUUUCUCUUCACUGUUGAGAUUUAUGCAGUUACUUGUAGCCCAACACAUCCGGCACUAGUUGCAAUGGGUGGAGGAGACGAUAAAGGGGUUCUUUGGGGGAUUGGUGAAGGAGAUUGGGCUUCUAAACUCCAAAGUACAGGGGUCCAAGCUGGCAUUGAAUACUCUCAUUCUAGACCUUGGCCUUUUGUUGUAUUCUUCUGUUGGUGCCAGAAGUUUUUUCCAAGCCUAAUUAGAAAAAGUGAUAAAGGAGACAAAAAGUUUGGGUUUGAUAUCUCAAUCUUAGUUUCUUAUUAACUAAUUCUCUUUAGAGUUUUUUUGCAGAUGAUGGAGAUUUGAUGUCUAGUUUAGCCAUUAGUUUUGGUGGGCAGUUGCUUGCAUCUGGAGGGUUUGAUAGACUUGUUCAGAUUUGGGGGCCAUUGGGAAACCUCAUUCAUCGACUUGAUGGUCCAGAAGGAGGCAUUGAGGUAUAACUUUCCAAUUAGUAAAAUACUUGCAUGUUUGCUUUCUCUGGUGCUUAAGGUUGAACAAUCUAUUGGCUCUGAUGAUGUAACCUUGAGAAUAUGGAAUCCAAAAGAUAGUGAAAGCAUUUGGUUGUAAAACGUAUGUGUUUGCUAUCCAGUUUGGGUUUUCCUUUUUUUAUUUCUUUCUUUUUUGGUACAUUUGAUUGUAGACUAUACAGGGGGUAUAUACCUCUCCUUUCUUAAACCCCUUCCCAUCAGUCCCAAGGGUUUAACCCUAGACUUCCAAUUUAAAUGUCUCAAGUUCUAAUUGUUGGGACAUUCCCAAAGGGAAAGUUUGAGAUUUUCUUAUGGUCCUUUUCUAUUUCAUUUUUGAAUAGUAAAUGAAGUUUGAAUUU